CAUCACAUCUCACACUCUUAAUCUCACACACAAUGGCAGGCACCAAACUGGUAGCCCUAGGUUUCAUUGUCCUCUUAAGUAUGGGAUUAGCUAAUGCUGCGAGGGUGGCUAGGUACUCUAGUGCGGGAGGAACUGGUACGGGAGAGGGUGGCGGCGGUGGAUAUGUGAAUGGCGCUGGCUCUGGGUCCGGUAGUGGUGCUGGAUCUGGUGAGAGCAGUUCCAGUGGUGUGCACGCAAGUGCAGGAGGCGGAGGCGGAGGUGGUGGUAGCAGCUACAAUGGUGGCUCUGGGUACGGUGGUGGAUCUGGCUCAGGUUAUGGCUCUGGCCAAUAUACUCAAGGCUCGUAUUAUGGCUAUAACGGUGGGUAUUCUAACGCCGGUGGUAAUGGAGGUGGUGGUGGCGGAGGACAAGCUGGGGGUUACUACGGGUCUAGCGGCCAAGGUGGUGGCAGCGGAACUGGCUCUGGCUCUAGCGAAGCUGGUACAUACUGGCAUGGACCGAGUUAUGCAAAUGCUAAUGCCAAUGGCAACGGUGAUGGAAAAGGAACAGGUCAGAAUGGUGGCAGUGGCGGCGGUCAAGGUGGUGGAUCUGGCUACGGUAAUGCAAACCCCUAGAAGUUCCACAUUCGAGAAGAUGGAGCCCAACCUAUAUGGUUUUUGCAAAUGUUGUUAUAUUAGAAUUUGCUUUUUUUUAUUUGUAUCGUUAUGCAUGUGCUACACUGUAUUAAAUCAAUAAAGGGCUCCAUCAUUGUACAAGUAAACGUAGAAAUAUGUAUGCUGGCAUGCAGCUUAUACUGUCAUACUGUGUGACAGGUGGUUGAGACUAUUGUUAUCCAUGUGCGUAUCCACCCUC